AUGUGUAAAUGGUUUGAAGAUGGAUUAGAUGAAGAUAUUAAACUUCUAGUUGGGAUUCUCGAACUAAAAGAAUUUGUUGUUUUAGUUGAUAGAGCACAUAAAGCUGAGGAGCUUAGUAAAGAGAAAGAAAAGCCGAUUUUGAAGCCAAAGAUUCAAGAAAAAGGUUCAAGGAUGCAAGCUACAUCCGUAGGUAGUGUAACAGAUAAUAAACCUGAUUGUCAACGAUGUGGACGUCGACAUUUUGGUGAGUGUAGAGCGAAAGACAGGGCGUGUUUCAAGUGUGGUUCGUUUAAGCAUUUUAUUCAUGAUUGCCCAGAAAUAUCUGAGCAAGAAAAGGUUCAAAAUGUGCAACCUAGUAACACUGCCACGAGGCUUAGACCACAUUGCAACCUUGGAAACACAAGUGGAAGCCAUGGUAGAAGAAAAGGCUCUGCUAUGAGAUUUAAAGCACGAGCACCAACUAGUGCUUACGCUAUCCAUGCAUGUGAGGAAGCUUCUACACCAAAUGUUAUUAACGGUACUUUCUCUAAUUUUGAUACUAAUGUGAUUGCUUUGAUUGAUCCGGGAUCAACCCAUUCGUAUGUAUGCACGAAUUUAGUAACUCGUAAGAAUUUGCUUGUUCAGUCCACUGAAUUCAUGGUUAAAGUGUCGAACCCUCUAGGUCAACAUGUUUUAGUUGAUAAAGUUUGCAAGAACUGUCCGUUGAUGACUAAGGGUUACAAUUUUCUGGCUGAUUUGAUGCUGUUGUCAUUUGACGAGUUUGAUGUGAUUUUGGCUAUGUCAGCACAGAAAUAUGUGAGAAAAGGUUGCGACGAUUACCUUGCUUAUGUAUUGGAUUCUAAAAUGUCUGAAUUGAAGCUUGAGUCAGUGCAAGUGGUUUGUGAGUAUUCUGAUGUAUUUUUGAAUGAGUUACCUGGAUUACCGCCGAUUAGAGAAGUUGAGUUUGCUAUUGAACUAGUACCUGGUACAUCACCGAUAUCAGUAACACCUUAUAGAAUGGAUCUUACCGAGUUAAAAGAGUUGAAAGAUGGGGUUUUGCUCGACCUAAUUUUUCACCUUGGGGAAGGUGAUGUGAUAACUUAUGCUUCCGGACAGUUAAAGUCGUACAAAAAGAAUUAUCCGACACAUGACCUAGAGUUAGCAGCUAUUCUAGUGAUGAUAUCAGAGUGGAAAUGGGAUCGAGUUACUAUGGAUUUCAUAUUGGGUUUACCCCUAUCUCCGAGUAAGAAAGAUGUCAUUUGGGUUAUCGUUGAUCGUUUAACGAAGUCAGCACAUUUUAUUCCAGUUAUUACAGAUUUCUCCCUUAAGAGAUUAGUUUUAUUAUACGUUUCUGAGAUUGUCAGAUUACACGGGGUGCCAGUUUUCAUCAUCUCUGAUAGAGAUCUGCGGUUUACAUCACGGUUCUGA